AUAUAUUUUUGUCUGAAGUCAAGUUCAAUUUUUCUAUCGUAAAAAUUUUUGAAGUUUGACAUUUUUAAAAAUUUUCGAUAAUUUUUGAAGGAAUUUUUUUUUUUUUUUGGAGCUAAAGUCAAAUUGAGCACUAUGCGUACUAAAAAGGGCAGUUGUUUAUGUCUGAUUUCAUCGGAAAUGCUACUUAAAGGUUUCCAAAAGCAAGUACGAAAAGAACUACUUCGAAAUUUAAAUGCCGCGCUAGGAGUAGGUAAGUCGAAGACGAAAACACAGAAGAAGCGGGACAUCAUGACAAAGUUCAACGCAUCAUUUAAAAAAGAAUACAAAACAGCGGUACGUAAACUAAAGGAACUCGAAGAAGAGUAUAUACAGAAAAAGAAAGCAGUUGCCAUUAAUUUUGCGCGAACGAUUGCGCGUAUCAAAUCAAAAAAUAAAGAGGCCUUGGAACUCAACAACAAAGGAUUAUAUCCAAAAAGGAGAGCCAGAAACGGAAAGCGGGAAGCAUUUAUAGAAAAUGUUCAUGACAAAAUUGACGAUAUUCCAUCAACCAGUAACGACAAAAUUGAUUAUACGAAUGAGUCUGACAACGCAGAAAGGACUGUUCGAAGCGAGGAGUGCGGUGAUGAUAUGGAAACACAGAACUUGUGUACAUUUCAUAAGAAACAUGGUAUAUCGAAAGUGCAUCCUGCUCGCCGAAGAGCAGGAAACAACAAGAAAAAGCGUCCAAAAAAAUCUCCUAAAAAGUCGCCUAAACUUCGUGCAGUUCAAAAUGCUACGUGGGAGAAUAAAGAAGUUUCUGUCAAAUGCGAAUUUCCCGACACUGAAUCAGAUUCGUACGAUCUGACCAAUACUUCGCCUGAUUCACCUAUUAAUAUUGGUAACAUAUCAUCAGGUCGGUUUGGAAUGUAUGCCAUGAACUAUAGAAAGAAUAAAAAAGCAAAAAAACCAACGACAAAAAAAAAAUCUGAUU